AUGAGUGCAGUGAAUUCGGACAAUAAACAAAUCUCUAGUACACUCUCUAUUGAAGCUGAACCUUUUACUCCAGGAAAAAUGUGCAAUUCUGAUGAAAGUAAAAAUAACGCUAGGCUUUCCGGUGAACUUCCCAGCAUCUACACAGGUACUACUUCUCUUCAAGUGGAAGAAAGAGUAUCCAGAGGUGAAAAUAAAGAAGUAUUGCUAUGUACAGUUCUUGUCAAUGCCUUAGAUUCUUCUGGGAGGUUUCAGUUAUGUCGUGCCUUAUUAGACCCUGGUAGUCAAGCUAAUUUUAUUACUGAAGAUUGUGUUAAUCGACUUGGAUUAGGUAGAAAAAAGGCAAACAUAGCGGUGUCAUGCCUUGGCGCUACUGCCGCUCGUACUAAUGGUCUUGUAGACUUGGAGUUUUCUCCGCAUUUCGAUUCUAAGCCAAAGCUUAAAAGUUCAGCAUUUGUAAUGAAUAAAUUUGUGGGAAAUCUACCGCACACAUCAAUUGAUGUUAGAAUUCAAGAAGCCUUCAAGGAUCUAGUACUCGCAGACCCCUCUUUUCAUAAGUCAGCUCGAAUUGACAUUUUGCUUGGUAUAGAUAUUUUCGUUCAAGUGUUAAAAGGUGAAAUUAGCAACAGAGGUGAUGGUUAUCCCUCAGCAGUUCGUCCUUCUUUUGGCUGGAUUAUUUCAGGCUCUGUCAAUUUAUUUAGGGAUAAUGUUCCACUUGUGUUAAAUAAUAUAGAUAUUGAUACUAAUGAACUUAUUUCUAAGUUUUGGGAGUUGGACUCGGUGCCAUCUGUUAGUUUUCUAUCAAGUGCUGAGAUGGCUUGUGAGGAACAUUUCAAAAAUACUCAUUCUAGGGCUGAAGAUGGAAAAUACAUAGUAAAAUUGCCUUUCCACACCUCUCCUACAGAAUUAGGUGAAUCUAGAAAGCAUGCUUUACGCAGGUUGAAUGCAGUUGAACGCUCCUUAAGCUCAAACCCGGCAAAAUAUAAACAGUACCAGGAUUUUAUGAAGGAAUAUCUUGAACUGAAACACAUGGAACCAGUUCCCGAAACUGAUUAUGCAAAGAGUGAAGCAUAUUACAUUCCUCAUUUUCCAGUUUUGAGAGAGUCUAGUACAACAAAGAAAUUGAGGGUGGUGUUUGAUGCAUCGUCCAAAUCAUCAUCAGGAUACUCCCUAAAUGAUCUAUUGAUGGUGGGCCCACGCUUGCAGUUGGAAUUGUAUCCCAUUCUACUUCGAUUCAGAACAUUUCCAGUUGCAGUCUGUGCCGAUGUGGAGAAAAUGUUUCGACAAAGAAGGGUACAUCCUGAAGACGUAGAUUGGCAGAGAAUUUUGUGGAGAAGUAAUUUAGAAGAACUGGUAAAAGAAUACAGAUUGCUCACGGUAACGUAUGGAACUGCAAGUGCGCCAUUUCUCUCCACGAGAACAAUACAUCAGCUUGCCUUAGACGAGAAGGAUAGCUAUCCAUUUGCUUCAAACGCUACAUUGAAUCAUUUUUACGUUGAUGACCUUUUAAGUGGUGCGUCAUCGGAAGAAGAAGCAUCUGAGCUUGUGAAGCAGUUAAAGACAAUGAUGGCAAAGGGAGGAUUUAAUCUUCGUAAGUGGAAAUCUAAUAAUACCAACGUGAUUAAAGAAUUCCUAGAUGAAGAAGAGGCUGCAAACUUAGAAACUGAAGUUAAGAUUGAAUCUAAAAGGAGGACGAACGCACUCUUAAUACUGUAG